AUGUUCCUAAAGGGCAUCUGGCCUUAUGGCGCUGUGGAUGUCAGAGAUAGCCAGGGACGAAUCCUUCAUGGAUACGUGGUCGACACCAGGGGAAAAGACGGUCUCAUCGUGGACUUUGACUAUCCCCAGCACCGUGCUGUUCUGGUUCCUCUUGCAAACUUCGUUGACGGCCAUCUUUCCACGGGCUCUGGUGAUCCUGCGCUGACCGUUGGAGAUACCGUACAGGUGCUGUAUCAGCUUUCUCCAUUGGAGCCAUGGUGCUGGCAACCCGCCACGAUCGUAGAGGGAGGCAGCCAUCAUGAGCAUUGCGCGUAUGACUACGCUUUUGUGGAGAUCUGUAUGCCGGACGGGAGGACGGUGCGGGAUACGGUAGGAUGGUGCCGUGUGCAGCCGACGGGUGACAUGCCAGCGUGUCACUGGGAGAAAUCACCCAAUAAAGUCCCGUUCAAACGGUACACGGUACAGCAGGCACUUCUGUUUCCGCAGCUGCUGGCGGUAACGCAGCUGCCGGACUUCAAGGCAAAGUGGAACAGGAUGACCGAGACAAUUGCCGUGGAUGUGACUGAACGAGGAGGAGUUAUUUGCCUAGCGCCAUCGAAGCAAGCAGCGCUUUGCAUCCAGGCUACUGUUGCAUCGACAAUAUAUCCCACUGGUGUGUUCGGAUUGAACGCGUUGCUACAGAAUGUCAGGAAGCGGAAACGGGAAGAUGGUACGGACACGACAAAUACCUCCAUUCUGGUGGGACCUGCAAAAGUGCAUGCGCCUUGCGCACGCGCCGGUUUUCGCAUGCAUGGUUUGCCUGUUGAGCUGCUAGCGCGAAUCUUCUCUUUCCUGAAUGCCUGCGAACGUGUCAAAGCCAGUGCGACGUGCUCCGGAUGGAACACCAUCCUCAAAUCCGCUCCGUUAGCCGCGUGGGUUGAGAUCGAUACCAACCACUGCAGUGACGAAAUGGUGGCCGGUUUGGUGGACAAGAUGGUGCGGCCGACCACCAGGACCCUGGUCAUCACCAGCAUUGACCCGAAGGACUGCUGUAUCCUCCGUCCCAGUCCCAUCCAUAUUGUGCUCGACAUUUUACACGCGAAAAACCUGAAGAUCCCUUGGAUCCUGCUGGCAUCCUGUAACAUCUGGAAGUCCUCGGUCUUGGGCUCGCAGGCCGGGGAGUGUCGAGCGGAAUUGUCGGCACGGUGGAGUGGUGUCUGCGAAAAACUGGUUCUGAAAGACACGGUGAUCGGUGUUACAUGGGUGGACCGCGAGGAAGUGGCGAUUUCGGAAUCAACGAUGCAAAAAUGGCAGUCGGGAGCGUUUGACGGGUUCAUUUGGAGGUUUUCAGAUGGUGGCCGCUCGGAGUGGAUUUCGGUUCAUCGCCGCAAAGUGAAAAUUAUCAACACCCAGGUUAAAAGAGAAUUAACUGUGUUGGAUCUUGUUGAGUAAAUUGCCAUGGCGCUGUUGCGUUUAUUGUUGUGUUUUACUUUAUUGCUUCAUAGAAGGAAGAUUUCCUGCUAGGUUGAAAACCGUUAUUAGUUAGCUCGAGGUUGGUCGUAGCGGUUUGUGCAACGUUGUCUGUUUGA